GUGUGUUGGAGCGCAUCCAGGCAUUUCGUACAACAUAGAAUAGAAGCCGCCUACCAGUACUACACGAGAGAACGGUAGGCUGGGUACAUGUACACGGGGGGGGGGCAGGUUCUGGACACAGCACUCGACAGUGUUGAUCCAGUGUGAAUACACCUUUCAGUGCACGGCGUGUGCGGUCAAACGUGCCUUUUUGGUUGUUUUUCCUGAACCGUAGGCGUACUGAAACCUGCCACAGGAACACAACCGCCCUGCGUGUACACAUGUACGCGUGGUGCCACCGAAACCGAUGCCGUAUUCAUGCACAUGCUUAAUUCUAUACUGAGUAACUCAACACUCGACAGUGUGUACGUGGAGUCACUGUGAUUACCACAACCGGGCUAACAGUGAACACGGCAAUGGAAGGGAAUUUCGACGUCUUGGGUUAACCCUACUCUGCGUACAAAGCAUUGUAUCUCGUUAAGAUAAGGGAACUUUUCUCGUCCACCAUAUCUGAAACCAGCCCGCAGCAACGCAUUGGCGGGGUAAGGUUCUUGUCUUGGCUGAACAUUAAUGCUUUCGUGAAGAUUGCGUCUGGUUGCGUGGGAACUGAAUUGGCGUAUCCGGUGCUGCGCUUGCGGUGACAGCCAGUCGACGUCGAGUCCCGUGCUGGUGAACUCUGCCAUCGUGCUAAGCUCUGGGUGUGUGAUACCGGACUCAGCACCGGAGAACACUUUUUGUCAUUCCAAUCCCUGUGGCUCACCGUUAACCUUUUAUUGGGACGCUGGGCAAAUUGGAGUUGCAACAAAACCUCGGCUUCCCUCUUCCUUUGUGUUCAGUCAGCGGGCUCACAAUUCACCCGGCAGCAUGAACGCCAAACGGGGCCGUAAGAAAGAAGGAUUUUUACAAGUGAAGUUGUCUUCACGAUCAGCUUUGGGCAAGGCCUGGAAGCGUAAAUGGGUGGUGGUUCAGCAGAACACCUCAUCGACAGGCAAGUCCCUCCUGCUAGAACUGUACAUGGAGAAGGGCGCUUACCACAAGACCGUCACCAGCCUGCUGCUAGAGGGCGUGGUCAACGUGCAGCGGACCACCUCCAAGACGCAAGAGCACGCCGUCGAGAUCUCCUCGGCAUCCAAGGUCCUGCUGGCCGUCAGCGCCGACAGCGAGACGGAGACCCAGGAGUGGUUAAGCAUGUUUCAGAUCAACCUGCUGCCACCCAUCAAGGAGCUGCCUUGCCCGCCCGGUAUUAACGAAGAUUUUAUACGAGUCAGCGUGAUUCCCAACAAGGACUCAGAGCGACUGAAGCUGGCAGGGGACUACUUCGCCCACAUCUCGCUGGCUAGUAUCAACCUCUACGACACGCGCACUGGAAAGGUCGCUCUGGAUUGGAAUCUGAGACACCUGAAGAAAUUCAUGCUCAUCUCCAAGUGCCACCCGCUGGACGCUGAAAAGAUUGUGCAUAUCUUGCCAAGCAAGCGUUCCCCGCAAGGAGAGGGCGAAUUCAUCUUCUUUAGUGCCAAAGGGAAGCAACUGGUUGAGGACAUCUAUGAAAGGCUGAGCAAUGCCAUGACGGUCAAGUCUCGGCGCUCAAGGUCCACCUCCAUGCUCUUUGAGAUCACUCCUCAGGAACUGGAGCAGAUGUUCAAUGCAGCAGAGCAGUCUCCCGAGGAGACACUCCCAGAGGCCGAGGAGGAAGACAGGGAGGUGAAGGAUAGGACGGAGGAAGAAAAAGUGAAUGGCGAGACGGCACUGGAAGUACCAGAUGUGGAAGAGACCAAGGCCAACGGAGUGAAAGAUGACUUGGAGUCUAAAGAGAUUGAACCACCUUCGGAUGAGAAGAAGGAAGACGAGACACCAGUCGAAGAGGAAACUGAAAACCUGGCAGAUGGACCUCAACAGGAAGAAAAUAAGAUGGAACAUGCGGAAGACACAAUUGAGAAAGUUGAGGAUGCAAAGGACGAUGACCAAAAUGAGUGUGGAGGUAGCGGAGAAGAUGUCGAGGUAUUGCCACUAGAGGCCAACUCGGAGGAUGUUGCGCAACAAGUAGGCGACGUAAGUGUGACCCCAGAGGGCCAAGAUGCUGGAGUUGUGCUUUCACCCGAAGACACGGAGGAGAUGGAGAUGGAGAAUGCUGGCUUACCGGAGCAGGAUGAGGACAAAGCCAAUCAGACAAAUCCAGAGGAGAUGGACGAGUGUCUAGCUGCCGAUGGCCCAAGUGCGGAGGAACAGACAACGGUCAGUGUUGAGAUGGUAACAUCCGGUCAGGAUGAUAAUCAAGUCCAGGAAGCUGUUGAAGCAAACACGGUGGAACAAGUGGAAUCUCAACCUGUCGAAUCGAAUCCCGUUCAAGAAGGCACUCCUGAGAUUGUGAUGGCAGAAACCAGCCGAGCCGAAGAGGUUCCUCAAGCUACCAAAGAUGAAGCAGCCGUUUCGACUGAAGGCAAACCGUGUCUAGAUUAUCCAGGAAGUGGCAUCCACGACAAAGCUGCUGUCCUUGAACCGGUUCGUGGGAAUGAAGCAUGUGAUUCAAAGACUGAUGAUGGUCCUAGUUGUGGGCAAGAAACUGAGCAGGCUUCCUCGAUCACACUUCAGGAAGCCCCUGAAACCAAAGAAGAUACUAAAGGGGAGACAAUGAACAUGGAACAAGGAUCUGGUUUGCCAGAGGAGGAAGCGAUAGAGGAGAAAUCCAAUCCAAACACGGAAGCAGUGGAAGCGGAAGAGGCAAACGCAGCAGUGCGGCCGUCCUCAGAUUUAAAGGAACAAGCAGAAGAAAAAAGUCACAUCAGAGAGAUUUCGCCGACGACAGAGGAAGAUGCUACCGGGGAACGACCGCAGGCAAAUGUAGACGAGCAGAGUGUACGUUCGACAGAGAGAGUCGAGGACCAUUCUCCUGCUGGAUUGGACCAGGUCGGAGAUGGAGGAAACGUUGCAACCGUCGAACCCACAGAAACGAAGGAUUCUGAACAGGUUCAAGACAACAGUGCCGGUCAGGAUCUUCCUGAGACCGGCAUUGAAUCGACUGACAGCAGUCCCGAGCCUGCUGCGCAGCUAACGGUGGCACCAGCCUCGGAACCAGCCGGGAAUCCUACCGAGGAAGGAUCGAGAGAGGUGUCCGUCGAUGCUUCUAACCCAAACCACAACAACAGCAACGCCAAUCUCCUCACCAGAUCGAAUACCAAGACCGCUGUGCCCUUGCCAAACACGCUGACAUUGUGCAUGGUAGACGCCCUGAGAAACGCCCAGAAACGACAGCAGCCCACCGAUGCAUCACCCAGUCAGCAAACCCAGACGGGCUUCCCCCUGGAUCAAGGCGGUGCAGACAAAACAUCAGAAAUAAUCGUGUAACCUGAGACGGUUAUCGCUAUGACAACCAUCCUGCUGAGGGAAGUGUUUACUUUCUUAUGACAGAAGCUCGACAGAGGGCGACAGCAUUGCUUCGACUUGGAAGCGCUCAUUAAUUGCAGAUCUAUAGUUUGGCUCUUCGUUUAAGAAUUGUCAUUUUGUUUGGUGCUUAUUGUAUGAAAGACUAACAUGCUCGACUCUUUAUUUUACAGCUACAAAGAAUCUAUAUCGGUCGCACAGGAUUUUUUUUAUAUAUUUCUAAUAUGGUUUUAAGGAGAAACAUGAUGUGUAUGCUGGAAGUAGGUUGGAAGAUAAACUUUGUUGCAAAUGAAUGACAAAGAAUGUGAAUUAAUCCUAUGGCGUCAUAUAGGAAGAUAAAUUCUUAUUUUGAACAAUUAUAGCAGAUAAAGGUGUCAUGAAUUGGUGAGUAACAUUUAUGAGGGGUAUUGUUUGUCAAAAUAUGAAAGAUGCACCACAACCAGGAAACACUGUUGCCAAUAUACAUGGGGGAGCAAAGUCCGUUUCUGUAUGCAAAUUAUACCCAGCUGAAGUAAUUUCUGUGCUGCGAAACAAGAACAGCGCAGCUUUCAAAAUAUUAGAUCGAUUCGGUAUGGUAAACACUCAUGCAUUCAUAAUUGAAAUGCGGCGUACAUGUGGAAGUGUUUGCGUCUGGUUCAGUGCGCUACUUACAAGCCUUUCAGCCCGGGGUAACAUCGCACAUCCUGGUUGAUGUACAUGUUGAGUGUAUUCUCUGAAUUAAAACAAAACUGUACAUUUUAAAAGGACCAGUAAUUCAUCUUUUCAACUCUUCAGCCCCUCUGCAGUUAGUGCGAUGCGAUGUUAAAUGUAGUAUCUAGCAAAAUGAACACAAGUACCUUGUAUUUUUGUUAUUUUAUAAACCUUAAUAACCCUGACCCCCUGGGGUGUAUGUCAAAUUAGAUUGAAAUAGAGGGAUUGAGGAUUGUUGGGGUUGAUAUAUUUCUGAUUUUUAGACUAACCACACCCUCAUUUGAAGCAUACCCCAAUCAUAUUGUUUUAACCUCAGUUUCCCCCUUAAUUCACAGAUCAAAGAGCUGUAUGACCCUAAACCUACGCUUAAUUGCCCUAUUCAGAAGUCGGCCAUAUUGAAUUGAAAGCAAGGUUGAUUUUUUUGCUAUUGUUGGAACCCGAAAAUAAAAUAAAAGUAAUGAAACCUAAAAAUCCACUAGAGAUGAUGGUCAUUUUUAAUUCCACAAUUAACGAGAAAAAAAACUGAGUCCCGGAUCCCCCAAAUAAUUAGGCACCAUCCCAUUUAACAGAUAACAUUUAUUAAGGUAGAAUCUGGGAACAUAAUCAAAAAUGGCCUCCCUGUGAAUACAGUCCAUUCGUUUUCGCUGUGUCUGCCUAUUAAACUUGAGCAAUGUGGUCGAUUGAUCCAUAGGGCCAACUCAUCAAUGUCAGUCAUUCAUUGAGGAAGAUGUUUAUUUUAUUUUACACAUGAGUGUCUCAUUUAACUGACGAGCACAGUUAUAUAACUGCACAUGUACCUCCAAAAACUGUAAGGAUAGAUUUGAUGUGUGUCGUCACUAACUUGCUUUAAUUGAGUCAAAGACGAAAGGAAAGUUACACAAUUCCACUUUUGACAGGCAAGCAAAACAGUGUGUUUUAACUCUAAUUAUCUUCAUCAUGAGUUUAUCUUAUAAUUAUGUCUGUUUUUUUUAUGAAUGCAAGAGUAAAUAUAUUGCGGUGUGUAUCUUACAAUACAUGCGUCGUCAUACUUAUAUUGUAAAUAGAGCAUGCGUUUAAUGCUGUCAGGAAACGUUUAUCCAUUGAUUUCCCCGUUGGUAAGGGUUCGCCAUUUGACCAUGUUAUAAUUCGAUUUGUUGGUGAGUAAUGUCAUGUGACAUUUCCCUUCGUUGAUUGGUUUGGCUGUCGGGUUAGGUUUAGAUACGUAAGUAUUAGGUAAUCUCACAUGACAUUGCCGGGUUUUAAUUUUUAUGCUAUUGCCAGGUGAGACGUAUGCAUGAAGGUAGAGAUGAUGCCAAGGCUCAUGGUUUAAAUUCCGACUAAAAAUGUCCCUAACAUUUUCUGUUCCUCAUUUUCCAAAGCAAUACCGCAUUCGCUACUUCAACCGACCGCAGCACUAGACCCCUUGAUUGAAUACAAUUCGCCUUGGUGCCCUCAUCGGUUGAUAAGAGCCAUGUUGGUCGAAAAUGUUCAGAUUGUUGGUAGUGAUGCUCCCGUAAACGCGUGCAUUUCGUAUUUGUGAACUAGCGAAGUGCAGUUUCCACCAAAGGAGCCUCUGUUGCUGGGAAGAUUGCGCCCUCUCUUGGUCCAUCUUUGGGCUCUUAACACAGUCAUCUACACAGCGUUAACGUGUAAUAUUUUGCUUCCUCACAGUAUGUUGACGAAAAUUUAUUGUAAGAAUUGAAAUCUGCAUGACUGGCCAGAAGACAAUGCGUACAUUUCUGUUUAUUUAGCUUUCACUCGAUUCGAAAUGUGUUCAACUUUUACAAAUUAGCAACGUGAAUAUUUGGUCUGAUGUCACAAAUUUGCGUUCGUGUACGCUUUCGCGCUAGGUAUGAACCGACUUUCAUACGGAACUAGGGAACAUAUUCGUACGUUUAUUUAUUAUUAUUUUUUAAUUGGGUAACGUUUCCAAAUUUAUAUUUGAUUGCAUGUAACCAAGAACUUGAAAACUAUGAAUCGAAAAUUUAUCAAACUAGAUACUCGGAAGUGCUACAAAGUAAGUAAUGCUGUAAUGGGUAUUGUUUUAACGUAUUUUAUUGAACGUAACCAAGAGUUUAAAAAUGAGCAUAGGAAAAUAGUGCCAUUGUAUACUCGAAAGUGUUGUAAUUUGUGUUUUAAAAUAAAAUAAUAUGCAAAUCAAUU